AUGGAGGAACGGCCAAAGAGGAUGACGUUGAUGAAGUGUUGGCCGGUGCCUUGGAGACCUGGUGGUGAUCAAGACGACACAUCGACUCCUGUUGAGGACCUUAACGGUUCUAAAAGCCCGCGGGAACCAGUGAAUGAAGUCUCCAUCACGAUCAACGAGGCAGAUGUUCUUAAGGAGGUGCAUUUGUACAAGAACUUCCAAGUACCAUCGGUCGCAGCCGGUAUCGAGGUGACCGACCUACAGACAUUUUAUGAUCUCACCGCCUACGGAGUAAGCGAGGACCAACAAGAGCAGCUUUGGGCUGUUGAAGUUUCACGACUUGUUAAGGCUGUCACAGUAGCUACUCCCUUGCCUUUCAACGGCUCAGGAGAGUUGGCCGUCGACUCCAAGAAGUCAUAUGAAAUUAUGGCGGCUCUAGCAGACCAAUUUUACCAAGUCCUUAACAUCGUCUCACUAGAUUGUGAAAGCUUCCUGGCAGAGAAUGAGAACUUGCUCUGCGAAGAAUCUUACUUAGAAAGAAGCCGGGUAAAUCUAGGCUACCUCUGCGAUCGUGACGAGAAUGAGGCUGAAGAGACCGCCGAAAAAACACCAUCCACAAAUCAGGAAGACUUAUUCGAAUUCAUAAAUUAUUGCACCGCCGUCUUCGCACGGCUUAUCUGCACUGCCACUGAAGGCGAGGUCUUCUAUGCUGCUAUCCUCGCUCACCUUGCGAAGAUUUCCACCAAGAUCAAGGUCUUAUCCUCAAAUCCCAAGGAAUAUGCCGAAAUAUCUCUGGAGAAUGGGGUGAGUAGCCAGGAAGUCCAGGUGCCUCAAGCUUCCGGUCUGCGCGGACGCCAAGGCGACGCAAACAUGGUGGACUCUAACUUGACUCCGGAAGGUGGGUUAAGGGAUAACGCCAACGCGAAUUUGAUUGCUAUGGCGGAUUUGAUGCGCAGUAUGAAGGGGCAAAUGACAAGGCAGAAACUUGGCCAGCUUGAAACCACGUCGAGGAAAGAAGCUAUCAAAAAGCUUUACUUUUUUAGAGAGGCCGCUAUCCAACAUAACCUCGUCGAUUUUCUUUUCUUUCUUCUUGUCUCAUUACGAGGAAACAGCAGGAUGAUGAGAACUACCUUCACCUCGUACGAAAUCUGUUCUCUGAUAUAUGAGACAGGUUUGGAGCGGUUCCGAACCCUGGUCUUUCAAGACCAAGACGGUGAUUUUCUAGGAACUUCUAAGACGUCCAACCUCAAUUAUGCCAGAAGUGUUAUCCAUAUGCUGAGCCAGUCUGUCCAACAGAUUUCGACCGAAGACGGAAGCCCUGGUAACGCGGGAGCGGCUCAGUAUUCUAACAUUGAUCCUGGUGCUGACGAAGACAAGCCUGUCGAGACUCAGAUCUCCUGGAGCUACGUUCCCGGCGAUCACGAAAGCGGUAGCCUCCAAGUUCCGAACAUAGUCAGGCUGAAGUCCAUGAGCCGCGUCAUCACCAUCAUCAUCCCGAUGAUUAUAUCAAGCCCAGCCUUUGCUGAUCGCAUGGGAGACUUCAUGUCCAUGGUGACUGCUACCGACCUGAUGCGUGAACGCGAGAAGGAGGGCAAAGUCAAGCCACGGGUGUUCGGCAAUUACAGCGCCUUCUUCUCCUUGACAACCUCCGAGUACGCUACGAAGCAGAAAGACCGGGGACCCAGCGAAGCCAAGUCACUCUCUAACGCGCUCAUGCGGCGAAACAACCUCUUGAGUGGGAAAGAGAUCACCCAAAUUGGACGUGUCCCUAGCCUCGCCACCGCAAAGGUGCUGCCUGAUCCGACCCCGGCCGAAGACCGGGACAGCAAGUCCAUGAUGGAUCUGGAACGAAUUCAGCGCCAUCAGACGGAGCUUGAUAACGUCAGAGAGAAGAUGCGCAAGUGUGUUCUCGAGGAGAAAGGGGUCAUGGUGCAAUGCAAACUAUUUGUCACCCGCCUUAUGUUAGUUUGCGCCGCGCUCGUUGCUGGAGGCAUUGCCGUUGGUAUUACAGUUGGCGAGCGCAUCCCUGGUGUAGACCCAUUCAAUAUUACGACAUACUGCUGGGUCAUGGCCGGUUUUCUCUUGUUAGUCGCCAAGAGUAUCCGUGUACGUAACUGGCCAUGGAACGACUUUCUUCGCGGACGAGUCCUUUGUACUGCCGUGUCGGAGCUUUCGUCCGUUACUGGCAUCGACGAGCAGCUUAUCAUCGCCUACCUGCUCCAGGACGAGUCUAGUUCCUACCUCCAGACACGCGGUCCGUUCAAUGCUGUGUUUAAGCGCCGAUCCGAUGAUGGUUUCUCUAUCGACCUUCCCAUCACCAUGUGGACCAUGCUGAUGUGCGGCUUGAUCAUGAUUGAAGUUGAAUCGGUAGAUGGCCGUGGACUGGUUUGCUUAGAUCUCCGGGGACGCAGGAACGGUUUUAUCAAGAGCCUGGGCACCAUUAUACCCGAUAAGGAUGGAGACCAGCAUGUUUACUGCCAAUCACUGCCGGAAACAAAGCUCCAGGGUGCCCAGAAGGGAUCAUAUAGAGUCAAACUAAAUGUUGGUGGCGGAAUGGCUUGGAGACGUGCCAUUGGAUUCUAUGGCAACCGGGACGCCGAGUUCGUUUAG